CAAUAAAUAAAUAAUGCUACGGAUGAUAUUUUUUCAGGAGUCAAAACACAAAUCAUCAACACAUGUUCGUGUCAAAACAACGGAAUGCAAUAUGUUGUUUGGACAAUGUAGCGCACUAUUGUAAGUGAUAGAUGCUUCUCAUCAAUAUUUAUAUCAUUUACAGACAAAUUGAUUAUUCUGAAGGAGGUGGGACAUAUUGGGGUGUAGUUCUAGCACUUCAAAGCUCCGUUCAAGGCGAUAAUUCGAGAAACGUAACCCGCUCUUUUCAGUGGCACUUUUCGGUGUGGCUGAUUAAAACCCAAGGGAUAGAGGUGAAGCUAGUAAUCUGUAAUUGAUUCACAGAGCUAGCACUGUUUACGAUAUUUAAAGGCGCAGAAGUAAAACUUCAUAAGUUGUGUCUAUGUUAUCACGACUCUUGCAACGACGAAGCGAUCCAAAUAUGGAUAGAAGUGCCUAUUCGGAACUGAGUCAAACAGAUGUAACCGAGACUGUUGAACUUGAUGUAGAAAAAGCGCCUUUAACAGAAUCAUCGACCGAUAAGGCGUACAUAAGCGAUGGGGACUACAGCAGGCGUAUUGAUUACGUUUUGGUCUACGAGACCUGUAAAGAGAAAGAUGAAAAAGACGACGACGCUAAGAAAGAUGCAAAGACGCUGACGCGAUCACGAAGGUCUUUUGAAAAGCGACUUCAAAAGAAAGGUCUUGUUCUUCAACACGAUAGUGUCAUUGCAGAAAAGGACCCUGAGGUUGUUCGACAUUUUGUCUUGAUUCACGCACCUUGGGAAGUUCUGGCCAGACGAGCCGAGGAGAUGAGAUUAAAAGUGCCUCUUCAGCCAAGCGACGUCCAGUUUACAACAUUUUUACAAACUACUUGUGGCGCUAAGCGAUUAGAGAAACUCGCACGCUGGAAUCCACUGACCGUCCAUGAUGCAACAGUGAGAGAGAAGCCAGAUUAUUUCAUGGGUCGCUUCAAAGAAGAGCAUUUAACAAAGUACGUGAAUCACGAAGACAAGGAGAUUUUCUUCAGUACAGUCGAUCGAAUGUACAUCGUUCAGCAGAUGUUGAAAACCACUCGAUUUUCGCAAGAUCCACAGUGCGUGGGGUUGAAGAGGCUUGUAUUGGAUGGUGCGUACACCGCGCACUAUCCCUUACAUGAAGGUCCUGUUCACCUGAGAGAGGGUGAGUCCCCUGCAAAUGAUCGCCAACGCUUGAAGAGGGAUUGGGCCCGACUCGGUAGAAGCUUCAAGUACCAGCCUUACGAUGCUAUCAAAGAUUACUUUGGUCAUCAAAUCGGCCUGUACUUUGCUUGGCUUGGGUUUUACACCGCCAUGCUGGUUCCACUUGCCAUCGUUGCCUUGAUCGUGUUCCUGUAUGGAGUCGUUUCGGCAAGCUCAUAUAUUCCAGUGCAAGACAUCUGCGACAAAAAGAACGAAGGCGUUUGGUACAUGUGUCCCCUGUGUGAUCGGCAGUGCAGCUACUGGAACCUUGCUCCGACUACCUGCCUCUAUGCAUACAUCACACACAUCUUUGAUAAUGAUGGCACUGUCUUUCUGGCCUUAGUCGCGUCCAUCUGGGCCACGCUCUUCCUCGAGUUCUGGAAGCGCAGGCAGGCCUCCAUUGCACAACAAUGGCACACAAUGGAUUUUGAAGACGAAGAUGAACCGCUUCGACCAGAAUAUGUCAGGAGCCUCACGGAAGAAGAACGAAACCCUUUCAAGCCAGAUCCAGAAACCGGCAAGAUCAUCUUCAGAGCCUCUAAAAUGAAGCAGUACCGACGUUAUACUGUAGUUUUCAGCGUAGUCGCUUUCAUGAUUUUCCUAGUCAUAGCUGCCAUCAUUGGUGUGGUGGUGUUCCGUGCUGCUACUUUCGCUACCCUUAGCAGCAAUCCAGAUCGCCUUGUCCAGAAGCGCGCUCGUAUUUUUACAACGGGUCUUGCAGCCUGCAUCAACCUUCUGGCCAUUACGAUAUUAAAGUACGUUUACAACAAGUUGGCUGUUUGGUUGACAAACUGGGAGAAUCCUGCAACCUUUAGUACGUAUGAGGACAGCUUCACUGUGAAAAUGGCUUUGUUCCAGUUUGUUAACACCUUCGCCUCCAUAGUUUACAUCGCAUUCUUCAAGUCCGAACUGGUUGUUGGAUCCCCUGGAAGAUACACACGUGUUAUGGACAAGUACCGACUAACUAGCUGCAGUGAGCAGGGUUGCUUCCUAGAGCUUUGCAUCCAGAUCGCCAUCAUCAUGGUGGGGCAGCAAAUAAUUGGAAACGUCAUAGAAAUUGGCCUUCCAUCACUUAUGCUGUGGUACAAACGAAGAAAGCUAGAAGAUUCCAGUGAUCGGCCACAGCACAUCAGAGACUAUGACUUGAGCGCUUUAGAGGAGCACUUCUUGUUUUGGGACUACCUUGAAAUAGUUCUCCAGUACGGCUUUGUGACCAUGUUUGUGUCCGCCUUCCCGCUCGCACCACUCUUCGCACUCAUUAACGCCGUCUUGGAGAUUCGAGUGGAUGCUAUCAACUUUGUGUCUUACCACCGAAGGCCACAGACCAUUCGCGUUGAAGAUAUAGGGGCCUGGUACGGAGUACUGGAGGCAGUGACCAAAGUGGCAGUCAUAAUGAACGCAUUCGUAUUGGCAUUCACCUCUGAUUUCAUUCCCAAGCUCCUCUACAAAUACAAGUAUGCGCCGGACCAUGAUUCACCGGGAGGAGGCACCUUAAAAGGAUACCUCAACAACAGCCUGGCUGCGAUUGAUCUUAAGACCCUUUACACUUGGGAGCCUGGAACAGAACCUGUGAACCCUACUGAAAACGUGAAUUAUACCAGAGACUACUGCAGGUAUUCUGGUUACCACGACAGCACCUACCCUUACAACUACUCCGAGCAGUACUGGAAUCUGAUUGCUGCUCGACUCGCCUUCGUCGUGGUGUUCUUCUUCGUGGUACACUCAAUAACCGCCAUGAUAGCUUGGAUCGUUCCUGAUGUUCCUGAGAACCUGAAGUUUAAGAUGGAAAGAGAGAAGCAAGUGGUCAAGGAAAAACUAGGAGUCGCCAGCGAUGACGAAGAAAGUGAAGAUGAAGAAGAUAAAACGGGUACAACUUCGCAAAAACCAGUGCUUAAAUCUGACAUUUAGUUAAGGCCUAAUGCUCCGACGAUGCCUUUCCCUAAUCAUAUCAUGAUAACAAAACGGUGUCUAGUGAACAUGCAUAUCACGGCUACUUUGGAAUACUUCGUAAGACUAAGGGUAACAGCUGCAUUUGUUGGUCAAACUAGUAUACAGAGUAGAUUGACUGUACUGCAUAUCAGUGAGAGUAGAUUCACAAAGCACAACAGUGUUGUGGCUCAGUGGUAGAGGGAUUUCACCAUAAUCGGAAAUUUCAUAUUUUCGAACAAUAAAUACUGAAAGUAUAGCUAAGAUUUAAUCUUUUUGAUAAGGCAGAGGCCGUGAAAAGAAAAACUUUAACCUAGCUUAUGGUUAUUUGGGUUUCUUGUCUGCGUUUUAAUAUCAGGUUUUGCUGCACUUUCAAAACAAACGCCUCUUUAAACUCAUCAGGCUACUGAAAAAAAAAAAAGAAAAAAAACGUCCAACAAUAGUCAGUGGUUCAAUGUAGUAAAAUACUAUCCAUCAUAAGAGGCAAUUUAAUUUUGGGUUAAUCUACACACCUGGAGCAUGGUGAAAACGGGGUCUCAAUCGAUAGAGCUCUGUCAAUGAUGACAGUGGAACCGAGUAAGUCUGCGGUGUAAGAGGUCUCUUGGUCUGCACCAUGAACGUGAAAACAUGUGUGAAAAUAAGUGAGUGGGUGCACUUCAGGAGUUUGAAACUUUAAGCCGCGACACAUUGAGUUCGUUUUUGCUACGACAGCUUCCGUUUUUGCUCUCCACACUAACUGGCGAGGUAGGGCUAGCGUUUUCAUAUGUCUCCAUUCUGAAGAACUUUUUUAAAAUAUACGUUUACUCACGAAAAUGCAUCAAAAUGUACAUGAUAUCAAAUGAAAACGCACCAGUUUGGACAAAUACAAUGAACUGAAUUUAUCGUUUGAAGUUUCAGUUUCCUACCCCAAAACCUUAUAAACUAGCUAGUUUUGUGGAUUACAGGCAAUAAAAUCUGUUUAGUGAGCUAC